AUGAAACUCAAAGUUAUAUUAAACGAUCAACAAUCACCAGAUGAUUAUAAGCUACUCCGGACAGCGGUUUCCACGGUGGCGUCACUCCGAGAUUCAGCUGUAUUAAGAUUUACUGAUGAUGGAUUAACGAUAAUAUCUACUUCUAAAGCGUUCCUUACUGAUAGUACCAACACGUCGAGUCUGCGUGGAGAUACAGAUCAAUUAUGGUGUCAUUUGCCUAGAGAUAUGUUUUUAUCUUUUACAUUAGCAUCUAUAAGACAAUUUAAUACUGUGACUAUGGAGUACAAUUGUGAUGCAUUAUUAACUGCUUUUAAGAGAUAUGAUAAGAUCAUUAGUCAGGGUACGGCGACACAGUUUAAGAUAUCACUAAUACCUAGUUCUCAAUGGAACCAAACUGUAACUCAGCAGGAUGAAGAUCAAGAAACUGUAAAUCCUAUGCAUAUAUUAAAUAUUACUUUUCAAGAAGUCGUAUAUGUAAACAAUGCACCAAUGAAUAAUGCAACGUAUGGUGAUGAGGCACAGAAUGGUUCAGCAUAUUCAAAUAAUGGAGCUAAUACUAAAUGUAUAGUGCAUAAUUUUAAAGUUCCAGUAAAAUUAUUAUUCAAAGUACAAGAUGUAUCAAUAGUUGAGCCAAGUAUCGAAAAUGGUUCAUUAAUUUUAUAUGAUUUACCACCUAGUACAGGAGCGUUUGGACAAGCUUUCCUCAAUUUCAUGAAAAGAAUUGAACGUUAUUCAAACGUCCGCGAUAUUCGACUGCAUAGUGUCAGCAAAAAGAACAAGGAUGAGGACGAAAAUGAGGAUCAAAAUAACGGUCAGUUAAAGAUAAUAAUUGAUAACGAAUUGCAUUGGUAUUUAGAGAUAUGUUGGAAUGGACCACUAACUUUUAAUGCUGUUACACCUAAUGAAACAGUUGAUAAACCCCAGCAGUCCUCCCAGAAGAAGCAAAUUCUUCCAACAACAGCACCUUCAUCCCUGUUAACGAGGGCCCAACAACAAGCAUCGGGUACUGACUCAGCGUUAGAUCCAAGAGAGAAAGAUGAUAUGUUUAAUAUUGAAAAUAGUGAAGCCAUGAUUAGCCAUAAUUCAUCUUCUGCAGAAAAUAGUAUGCUGGGUGACUACAGUAACGAUAAUUCUAAGGAACAUGGUUUGCAAGAUAUAUCAAGGAUGGUUGAACAAGCAGAACGAGAUAAUAAUUUAUUAAAUGAGGUUAUUAUACGGGCCAAGGAUUGGAAAGUUUGUUCAAAGUUAUAUCUUGCAUGUGAUGAAGCCAUGUUACUGAUUUCGCAUGAUUCUUCGUGUGUAUUCCAAUGGGCUUUACAGGGUGAUACAUCUGAUGAAGAAAAGGGACGCAUAUCAUAUUAUAUCACUAGAUCCAAAGCAUUGCCCUGA